AUGAGGACACUGAGGCUGGAGGGAGACGCGGGUCAGGACGGAGACAUUUAUCUCCGUCUUAAGGAAAAGAAUUCACCAGUCCAGAUCUCUGCCAACUCCAAGAACCUCACACUCACCAAGAUGUUAGACAAGGAGGGUAAGGACGGACCAUCACACGUCGUCGUCAACAUUAUCUGUGACCGGCGAGGAACUACUGACCCUAGCAUCACUAUUCCUGUGAAUAUUAGAGUCACUGAUGAUAAUGACAAUGCUCCAGUCUUCAUCAACAGUCCUUAUUAUGUCAAUGUUUCAGAGGUAACUGUGGUUGGGACAGUAAUUGUUGGAGACAUCUUGGCUAAGGAUGAUGACCAACAAGGACCGUUCUCUACUGUCCAGUACUCCAUCAUGUCUGGUCCAUACUCGGAUAUGUUUAGUUUUGAGUCCCCGCUAAGUGGAUCGCUGGUGCUUAGGAAGCCACUAGACUAUGAAAGUGUUCCUGUGUUCAACAUCACCAUUGUUGCUCAGGAUCAAGGAGCAUCUCCACAGAGCAGCAGCACAGUGCUCACAGUACAAGUGCAAGAUGCUGAUGACCAGAAUCCUGCCUUCACUAGAGACCACUACAUGGCCGUUAUCCCUGAUAAUCCAAUCAAGGGAGCCAAGGUGGAGAUUCAACCAGAAACAGUAGAGGCACUGGAUAGGGAUGAGGGUAUUAUGGCCCCUGUCUUUUAUUCCUUCAGUAGAGAAGAGGAAGAAGCAGCUUGGUUCAGCAUUGACCCUAAGACUGGAGAAGUAACUCUCGCUGAAGACCUUCCAGAUGACAAGCUCAACCAACCUACCACUCUUGUUGUCAGGGCAACGCAGGUAGACAACCCUGACAGAUAUGCCUUGACAACAAUUACAUUGUCUAGACGAGGAUACUACUCCACACAACUGCAGUUCAUUCAGCGGGAUUAUGUGGCAACAGUACUGGAAAGUUUGCCUAGACACUCUCUCAUCGCACCUACAAUGAUCAACAAAAAUAUUGACAAGAAUAUAAGAUUCAGUCUAGAGAAGGACGGGGAUGGAGUGUUCCGCAUUUCACCUUCUGGACAAAUACUUCUCGACUAUGACCUUGAUUAUGAGACUAAACAGGAGUAUGACCUCAAAGUUUAUGUAAUGGAUGGAGAAUUUAAUGACACAGCCACGCUGAAAGUGCAAGUACUAAAUGUAAAUGACUGGGAUCCACGCUUUCGCUACCCUCAGUAUGAAUUUUUUGUCUCUUCAACCACUCUAAGACCAGGAGAUGCUAUAGGAAAUGUGGAGGUUGCUGAUGGAGAUCGAGGAGACCAAAUAACUCUUACAGUCAUGGGACAAGAUGCUAAAAUGUUUGCCAUUGGCAAUGAUGGAGAGCUAAGGAUUCGGGAUCUAACAUCACUGAAUUCCACAGUGGCUCAUAUUGUGGUACUGGCACGAGAUUCUGGCAUCCCACCUCGAACGGCAUCAGCACCCGUGAGCAUCACCUUCCCACCAGGUUUGGUACAGUCAUCUCCACUUGGAGCCAACUCCAGCUUCUUGGUAAUGGUCAUCUUCGGAGCCCUCCUUGGAAUAUUUGUAUUAAUAAUCAUCUGCCUCGCCAUCUACAUUCACAAAAAUAAGAAGUGUCGCGAUGAUAAACCGAUGCUGCAUUACCCACCAAGAUGAAUCAAAAUUACAUCCAACAACAUCCCUCAUACCAAAUUGGAUCCACUCUCUCCACUAAAUAACCAGUUGCAGGGUAAUGGCCGACAGAUGACCCCACUAGGCAAUCCGAUAUCUUCCAACGGCCUUAUGGGGACUGAACUCUCAUCCUCUGAUAAUAACAAUACUCACACCACAAAUAACUAUAAUAAUGGAAGCAUUAGAACCAGCAACAUUUCAGUUCGCUCAGGUAUUCUUGGAGGUUGUACUCAGGGCAGCCGUCGGUACCUCAAAAACCCUUUAGCGAGUGGAUCAUUUCCUGUUAAUUCAAGUAUGAACCCUCCCCCUCCAGCAGUGCCUCCAAGUGGGACUCCUGGUGAUGGGCUUUCCCUUAAUGGCACUGUGAGGUCCUCCACCACAACCUCCACUAUCUCACUAAGUGGCACACCAGAGCCACCAGGUCAUAAUAUCAGAGCUUUAGGAGGAAUCAUUGCACCAAGAAGUGCUUUGAACCACAGUGCAAGAGCUGGUAGUGGGCACAGUAUUGGGGCCAAGUAUAAAAGUACAUCACCUGGGGGAUCAGCUAGGGCUGUGGGUGGCCUCCCAGUGAAGAACCGAGUGAGUCCUGCUCCCACACCACCAGCUCCAGCCAACACACCAUAUCCUGACACAGAGUCCUCACCUGGAUCUCCUCACUCUACUUCGUCUGGUCCAAUGUCCGCUAAGGUUGCCUGGCCACAUGGCUCAAUUCCUAAAAGAGUAAAGAAGUUAUCUUGGGAAGAUGAAUUAAGUAAUAAGACGGAGUUGGAUCCUGAAGUCAGUGUGACACCAAUGCCACAGUCAUCAAUUUCAGACACACCUAACCUUACUGUCUAUUUCUGAUAAUAGUAGCCUAGUCAGUUAGGGAUGUGUUCCAGAGAACAUCUUGUGCAUGUUCUAAAAGUCAUUACCAGUUUCAUGCCGCAAUGCCAGCACACAAAGGGCUAAAGGUGUACAUACCUCAGUAUAUACACAAUUAUUGUGAAUUAUUCAUUCUAUAAAACAUUUGUUACCAUGUGCAAAAAGUUGGCUGUGAAAAAGUGAAAGAAAAAGUUACAGUACCUGUAAUCUCUGCCUUCAUGGAAAUAUAGGUUGUAAGAUGAAAGAUAAUUUAAAAAUAUUACAUUCCUAUAAAAACAAUGAUUUUCUUGAUGAAUCAUAGUCAUAAGAAACUUGCUAGGAAAUAUAAAACCAUCUGCUGGAAAUUUAGCAAAUUGUUCACUACUUGGCUGAUAGUUUAUCUGUGAUCAAAAAUUAAGCAUAUAUAACAUUAACAAUUAUAAUACUUCAUAGAUGUAAUUGUAUUACCUCAAAUUUACUCCAUAUCUUCACUGGUAUCAGAUGUCAUAAUAAUACUGGAAGGACUGGGUAUAGUGAUUCUUACAAAUUUUAAGUAUGAAUAGAUCUCAGAUAUGUGAACACAACAGUUGGUUGUGACUAAUAGUUCCUGGUACAUUUUGGGUUGUCUGGAAUCUCUUAUAUUACAAUAUGUUAAUUAUUAGUAAAAUGUACCAGCAUACAGAUGUCUAUGCUGAGUCAACAAAUUCAGUAAUAAAGAUUCACCAUAUAUAGAGCAGGAUGUACUGUACCACUCAUAUCUUUUGGCAUUGGCUGAAGGAUUUACUAACCUACCUUUGACAGACUCCCUCUUCGACUUUUUGACAGCAGAUCUACUACAUAAAUUUUGAUAAUCCUUCCUUUAGCACUCCUCACAACCCGUCCUAACUUUACUUUUAUUAUCAUCUCCACCCUUAUUUAUCCUUAGAUCCUGCAUCAAUUACUACUCUGCAGCGCUGUAUGACCCUGGUAGGUUUGGCGCUUCUUUUUAAUUAUAAUAAUACUAUAUCGUACUAUUCUCACUGUGGUAUUUUGUUAUUCUAUUAAGACAGCAUGCAUUCUACUAGUGUUUGGCUAGCCAAAAUCUUUUCUUUCCCAUCACUGAUUACACGUUAUCUAAUGUGCUUUCCAUUUUUAUAACUUUCUUUUUAUAGAAAAUAGUCAAACUGCAAUAUUUUGUACUUAACUGUUCUACUGUAAAACCAUACCCACCCAUGGUAUGGUUUACUUGCAAUCAUGCCAUUACGAUUUCGCGAGUCAGAAUUGAUGACUUAAUGUGUAGGAUUCCUAUGAAUGUAUGCAAGUAAUGUGAAAUGUCAUAAUGUCAAUAUCAAUACAAAUAUUGAGAACAAUACUUAAUUCUUCAACCCAUCCUCCUAAAUUGUAAGUCAAUUUCUCACAUAUUGUUUUCAGAAAAUUUAUCUAUACAUUGUACAGCCUCUCCUCACUUAACAAUGGAGUUCCGUUCCUAAGACCACGUCGGUAAACGAACUCAUCGUUAAGUGGGGAACAUACUAUAAUGGUAGUGGGUUUGUGUCAACCAUCUUUUUCAUAUUGUUUUAAUGUUACCUUUGCACCACAUAUAAAAUUUUUUAGAAUAUUUUUAAAUGUUUAUAAAGUAGUGUACUGGUGUAAUAAACAGAAUAAAAGAAAUCCGCUGUAAUAUAAAUUAUUUAAGUAUGCAUACUGGUCAGAGAGCCCGUUGCAAGUCUGAGUCAUCACUAAAUGAGAGAGGCUGUAUAUCUUAUGAUGAUUGUUAAAUUGUCAUCUACUAAUAAAAAUUAUUAAAAUAUAACAUACCACAAUGCCAGUACAGUAGGGCUCCACUUUACGGUGUUUUGUUUUACGGGGUUCUGCUAAUUUGGAUAUUUAAAAUUACGACCAAAACUCUUCAUACAGCUCCCCCCUGUCUUUCUAAUACUGUCACAGUGCCCACCUGGUUUGUUUACAUUCUCCGUGAGUACGUCUCCAUUAUGUCUGGAAACUUUCCAAAAUUUAAAGGGUUUUAAAGUUACUGCAUAUUUUAUAUGUACCCUGAUAAUUAUACUUAUGUGUACCUGUACCUAAAUAAACUUGCACACUGUGCUGGCAUGCAGGUACACAUCCCUCUAGUCUGAAAGCCAUAGUAAUAAUACUAAUAUGUAAUAAUAUUCACUCUUGGGUACAUUAAAUGUCUUAUUUUGUGUUAUAGAUUUUUUUUUUUUUUAACAAGUUGGCUAUCUCCCACCGAGGCAGUGUGAGCCAAAAAGAAAAUACUUUCAUCAUUAAAUACUUUCACCUCGCUCAUACAUAAUCACUGUUUUUGCAGAGGUGCCCAGAACACAACAGUUUAGAAGCAUAUACAUAUAGUAUGUAAAGAUAUACAACAUAUCCCAUAUACAAUAUAUCAAUGCAUAACAGUUAAUAUAGAUAUUUUCAUUAAUCCAUCUAUGAUAUUUUCUUCAAAAUUAUGUAAGAAACACGUUACAUAGCAUAUAAACAUGAUACAUACACCCACAGUACAAUAAAUUUCACAUAAAUAUGAGGUGUGGUAGCCGGCAGAGGGAAAACAUUACGUUUCCUCUGGUCAAGCACCAAAGAAAACGUGUAUGAAUUUGUAUUUCUCUCAGUCACUCCCCUUAACACAUUCUGCUUUGUUUACAAUUCUUGCCAUGAAUUCUUCUCAUUACUUCUCCCUUUACUUAUGAUGGCAUCUAAAGGUAGUUGUUAGAAACGAUUAAACUCAGUGAACAAGGUAGAGUGAUACCUCUCAUAUUUGAACUAUAUGGGCCAAGACCGGUUUGGAAACAUGGAGUUUCCGGAUACGUGAAGGGAAAAAUGCGCAUCCGUACCGUCAUAUCAUUCAUACCCUGUCAUAUCGCCAUUGGUGAUGGAGUUGCAGGUUUAAAAAACGAGUCCAACGUCGUCUGGCGGUGGGAUCAUAUCAUUCAUACCGUCAUAUCAUUCAUACCCUGUCAUAUCGCCAUUGGUGAUGGAGUUGUAGGUUUAAAAAAUGAGUCCGUCGUCUGGCAGUGGGAUCAAACACUCUGAGCUAGAGUAACAGUCUCCUGGAUUUCACGGACCACAGGACCAUGACUUUUCAAAUGGGCUGUAGACAGUGGAUGCUCCAAAUAUUCGAAAGUGUUUCAACACCUGUCCUUGCUGCUGAAGUUUAUGGUCUUGGAGGCACUGGGUUGUCAUCGUCGUUACUUUCGGAAUGUUCCAGGUGCAACACUGAUUCUACAAUCUCUGCAUCCAUCAGAGAUUGCACACCAAGGUCAUUUUUGUCACACACUAGCCAGUCCUGCACUUUGUCUUCUGUAGUUUUUUCCCCAGCCUUGGACCAACCUGCAUCCAUGUGCGACAAUAUUUCCCUUUUUUUUUUUUCUAGAAUAAGCACAUUCCUGGCCCUCUUUGGUGCCAUACACAAGAUAGCCAGGACAAAACACAGCUGCAUUAAUUCUAAAAGGAGGAAUGGAACCCCCACAAAGGCCACAAAUUCAUUCUAGACUGCACCAUCAUUAUGCGAAGAGUGCAGCUCCUAGUGGCCAACCGGUAUACUAAAGUGCAUGCUAAGUUUGAUUCAACCUUCUGCCGUAUCCAAAUGGCUGUUUGGAUAUUGGCGAGAUUCAGAUAAUGGCAGGCCGGAUAUGCGAGGUAUCACUAUGUCGAUGGUAAUAAUGUGGCUCUGGGCUGCAUUACAUAUCGUAUAGCUAUGCAAGUAGGUGUAGCUAUGUAGCCCAGGUGGACAACAUAGCUAAAUCUACCGGCUACCUCCACCUGACUUCCUACAAAUACUGUAAAUACUACUCACCUCUCAUCCUACAUUAAGACUACACAUAUUUUAAGGUAAAUAAUGAGUGUACUGUAUGUGUAUUUUAUCUCUCUGGGCUGCUUUAAAUAUCAUAUAUUAAGUUUGGGAUGGGGAGCCAGGGCUACCUACACCUGACUUCCUACAAAUAAGUAUUACUCACCUCUUGCCCUACACUAAGACGACAAAUAUUUUAAGGUAUGUAAUGAAUGUACUGUGUAUGUAUUUGAAUUUUUAUUGUUUUUUAAUGCCUAGUUCUACUGUUAGCUUAAUAUAUAUGUUAUUGUAAACUUGCUGUCUUUGAUUUGUAUGCAUUUAUAAGUGGAAAAAAUGGUGUUCUGCUUUCUGGCAAUGUCCACUUUCCAGCGGUAGCCUGGAACCUAAUCUGCUGAAUAAGUGGGGCCCUACUGUAUAUCAAACAUUGCAAAGAGGUUCUAAAAGUUUUUGAGAUGCAAACAGAAAACAGGAACCUACCAAGUACACACUACAAUGCAUAGUCUGAUAAUUACUGUUGAAAGCUCGUAUAACAAUCAUUCAUUGAAUUGUCUUUGUCACAGUGAAAUAUCAACUCUGACUAGGAGAAAAGGCUGAACUCUUGUACAGUGCUGUAUUAAAUAAAAUAACAAAGAAGUUGAAACAAUUUAACAAAAAAAAAAAAAAGAAUUUUGUCCCGUAAAUACUGUAUAUACACAUACUUUUUAUUUACUACAAUAAUUAAACUGCAUACAGCACUAAAAAUUGUGAAUUAAUUUUCUGACAGUCAUCACAUUUUUAUUAACUGGCCCUAAUAAGUUCUUCCUUGAUAGAUUAUGAUGAAUCCAGAUUUUUAUUUCCAUUACUAUAAAUACCAAUUUUUCUUUUGAAUACUCUAGAGCUGUAGUAGGAUUCAAGGUUGAAGCAUAUACCAUGAGUACAUGUUACUGUUUGAUCACUGACAGUGCUAGUUUUAAGAAUUUACAGAAAGUUCCUCUUUGUUUCAUGGAUGAUGCGUGAAUCGUCCAACCAACCUCAUACUCCAUUUUUCCUUAGUAGACCCUCUACUAACAUCUGAGUUUCAUGGGGGGUUGGCACCUGCAUGCCCUGGAUAUUUUCUGUGAUAAAAGUGUAACAUUCCAUCUUGGGCAGGUCAGCUAACAUGCUAGAAUUUGUAGCUAAUUAAAAGUAUAAAUAAGAAGCUGCAUGUGAUAUGUAUCAUGUGAAAAGUAAUAUGCUACACAUAUUUGUUAUAUUUCCAAAUGCAUAUCAUUUAAUAUUACUGUACUCUUAAUCACUUUAAAAAUUUAGUUAGAAAGUUCCUAUACAGAUGAUCCAUAUAGUCUGUGGAUUCACAAAUUGUUUUGUUUUGAUAUACAUACUGUACUGUGUCGGACAUGCUUUUCCAGGCAAUGCUUUUAUCAUAUUUCAUAUAACAGGUGCUUCCUUAAAGAGACCAAAACUAAAUAGUAGCAUAUUUAUGUAGAAGUAGGAUAUACAGUAUUUGUUGUGUGUGUGUGUGUGUAUAUAUAUAUAUACAUGUAUAUAUAUAUAAAUUGAUUAGAAGACUGCAUAUACUGUACUUGACUUGAGUGCAAUCUAUUUUUGUAUAUACUGAAUUGUACUUGUUCAGUAUCAGUGAUCAAGUAUUCUUCCAAUGUAUUUAUUACUGGCACUACUACUGAAACCAGCUGAUGAACUGUACUGACAUCUUAGCAAUAAAAUAAUGUUUUAUAA